AUGCCAUGAUUUAAUUAAGUUGUAGCGGGAGUCAAAUGAGAGCUCUUUGUGAAAUUGAAACAAAACGCCAAAUGAAUUGCGCGCAAGGUGAAUAUAUCUAAGUUGGUCAAACAUCGUUUAAAUUAAUCUAACUAUUCGGAAUUGUUAACUAUUUCGAAUUAGUGUCAAAGGAAUUGUAUAUUCGAAAUUGAUCCGAAUGAGCUAUAUCUAGUUCGAUCAAAAAUGUUUCAAAUUAUGUGUCAGAUCAGUGGGUUAUUAUUGAAAAAAAAUGGUAUUACUAUUAAUAAUGCUUAUAUUGUCUAUUCGAUAUAGUUUCAUAAAAAUUUAUUUCUUCUGUAUCUCCGAAGUGAUGCGAAUAUCCAUUGUUCAUGAUUAUCAUAAUUAUGAAUAUCCCUCACUAUACUUGAUAGAAACCUGGUGCACGUCGCAAAGCAAAUUUCCCUUCUCCAAGGCCUGCCCGAUGGUCUGCCGAUCUUUUAAGAUCCCCUACCUGUGCCAAAGCCGUGAAAAUAAAGCCAAGCCCUCGCCCUUAUCAGUUAGCCAAUGGAACCGAGCCGUUAUUUGGAUUGCAUUUUCACCAUUGGCCAGCUUCCGUGGAACACGUGGGGGUGAAAUGAAAACGAAGAGUGGGGAGUUGGCUGUGCGCCAAUCUAUGGGGCAAAGAGGAGGAGGGAGGGACUUCUAA